AUUAUGCAGUCCAGCUGGUCCCACCGUUGAACCAGCCUACUCACGUGCAUGAAGAUAGCGUAUGUGCAGCUUGCGCACCGUCAACAAAUGAACCGGUCCUUUCGCCUACACAUUCCGAGGACUCGUCUGCGCGGUCAAGACUUGAGGAUCUCGAUCCGCUAACGAGAGAGGACAUCCAAUGGUUGCCGCUUCCCUCGAUCGGAUCCUUGUCCAAGCCGCAUUGCAAUGCCUUGAUGCCGAUCUACGCGCUUACUUGCACGCUGCCGUACCAGCUCCGUUGACGGACGAUGGAGUAGUGGUUGCCGAUAUUCGCGACUAUCUUGCGAAGAUCGACCGUGAGCAUGCCUCUCAAAGGCUUCGCACGACCAAGUACAAAGCAAAUCGCGACAAGUGCGAAUUCGCACAGCAAGAGCUUGAGUACUUGGGCCAUUAUGUUACGCCACACGACAUUCAUCCCUUAGCAGACAAGAUCCAAACCAUCGUGGACUGGCCGGAACCCCGUACAACUACAGACGUACGCUCAUUCAUGGGUCUGGCUGGAUAUUACCAACGUUUUGUCGGCUCUUACUCCAAAGUUGCUGCACCAUUGUCGAGGCUUCAGUCUCCGAAGGCCCGGAUGACUCCUAAGUUGACUAGGUGGGCUACGAAAAUUGACGAGUUUGAUUUUGAGUUGAAACCAGUCAAGGGUAAGUACAAUGCCGUUGCUGAUGCAUUGAGUAGACGUUCCGAUUUCCUUGGUGCAAUUGUGACUUACCUAGAUGUUGGCGCCGAUCUGCAGCAAAAGAUCAAGGCUGCAUCUGCUGAUGACCCUGUGUAUAGUACGUUGAUAAAGAAGGGACUGCCACCUGGCACAUGCGAGUUUGCCAUUCUGUAUGAGAAGGAUCCGCAACGUGUGGCUGAGAACAUCUGGAAGGCCCAAGCAUCACAUGAUGGAACAAGCGAACAAACACCGCCGUCCUUCACAGUUAGCGGAUCUACGUCUCCAUCCACGGCUAUUACGCUUUUGCAGAGCCUAUCAGUUGGUGCGAAGGCAAUGCAGAGUGUUGCCCUCGGUCUCUUGCCUGCUGAAAUGCAAGAUGUGCCAUUCAGAGAAUGUGGCGGCACUGAGCAGGCAUUGGAUGGAAGUCUGCUCCUCGCCGCUGGAGGACUAGAUACGCAUGUGCACGUGUAUGAAGCAUCCUUGCAAGACUUGCAGUUCCGGGAGUUGUGUGUUCUGAAAGGUCAUCAAGACUGGAUUCGAUCAGUAGACAUUGUCAUUCCCGCGCUGCAGUCGCCGCCAAAUCGCAGUGGUGGAGGGGAGAGUGUGUCAUCGCCUCCCAUCUUGGUUGCAAGUGCUUCGCAGGACAAAAACAUUCGCAUCUGGAGGAUCGCACCACAGGAGCAGGGGAAAAGCAGUAAACAGGCUGGCCAGGAAUUGAGUUUGGCGAUGUAUGCAGCUGGCCCUUUAUUCAAGUUGGGAGGGAGGGUAUGGCAGGCAUCCUUGGAAUCGCUAUUGGUCGGCCACGAAGAUUGGGUUCUCUCCGUUAAGUGGCAACGGCCUCAGGUACAAGUUAUCGCUGUUGCCGGUGAGAGCAGGUUAACCGAGCACCCGUUUUUCAGCUCCAUUUAUAAGAAAACCAGAGAAAACCGGUUGCCCCAUUAACCCUUUGUGUUGCCGGUACCAACGGGCGUAGCUCGGUUGGUACACCCUUGAAUUGUUGAAAUACAGACCCAAGUUCUAAUCCAGAUGCAACCAGAUUAACAGAAUAAAAUAAUUCAGAAUAA